AACUGGUGCAAUAAUGGGAAGAUAGUAUCACGUCACUGCUCUCCUGAUGUUGAACUAUUAACUAUAAAAUGCAGGCCAUUUUAUUUACCCAGGGAAUUCAGUGCUAUGAUCUUCACAGCAGUGUACAUUCUCCCAAGUGCUAACACCAAAGAAGCUAUGAAUGCUUUGUACUGCUCCAUCAAUGAACUGCAAACUACACAUCCAGAGGGAGUUUUCAUUGUGGCAGGGGAUUUUAAUCAAGCUAACAUGAAAAUAGUUUUCCCUCAUUUCCAUCAAAAUGUGAAUUUUGCAACCAGGGGUGGAAGCAGAUUGGACUUGGUAUAUAGUAAUAUUAAACAGGCGUAUAAGGCUGCACCACGCCCCCACCUCGGCUCCUCAGACCAUCUAUCUGUGAUGCUAAUUCCUGCAUACAAGCCCCUGCUGAUCAGGAAGCAAGCUACAGUGAAGCAGGUGAGGACCUGGCCAGAGGGAGCAAUGUCAGCAUUACAAGACUGCUUCGAAACCACAGACUGGGACAUGUUCAAAGCAGCCGCCACCGAAAAUCACCACACAUGUGUGGAGGAGUAUGCAGAGUCUGUGUCUGCAUACAUUCAGAAGUGCAUGGAGGAUGUCAGUGUGAUCAAGAACACCCCCACACGGGCCAACGAGAAACCCUGGAUGAACAGUGAGACUCCAGUUAUCAUGUACGAUGCAACAAGGGUGCCAUCUCCAAAGGACGGUUCAAAAGAGCUGACCAAGCCAUUGAUCCCUGCAGAAGGAGUGGACGUGGGAACAACAACAGGAGAAGUUUUAACGCCAUCAACAACCGAACAUGCGAGAACUGAGGAAGGACAGUCUGCUGCAGAGGAGGAAAAACCUAAACCAGAGCCAGUUCUGGUGAAAAAGCCACAAAGAGAGAUACUGGACCAUGAGAGGAAGCGGAGGGUAGAGCUCAAAUGUAUGGAGCUCCAAGAGAUGAUGGAGGAGCAGGGGUACACCGAGGAGGAGAUUCGGCAGAAAGUAAGCACGUUCAGGCAAAUGCUGAUGGACAAAGAAGGUGUCAUCACCAGAGAGGGCUCACAACCUUUGGUCAACCACUUGCACUACUACCCUGAAAAGUAUGAGGAUGAUGAUGAUUUGGUUGGCGAUGAAGGCGGAGAUUAUGCCUAUGAUGAUCAUCACAGUGAUAACAGACAGGGGAGGAAAUCAAACAGUUCCCCAUCAACUUGUCCAAAGAGAAAGAAGAAAUCCAGAAGAAAUCGGCUUGGCAGUUUAUCACCUACUCGCAGAGAGAAGAAGAAAAAGAGUGGGAAGAAACACAAACGUGACAGGUCUGCAUCUGGCUCCAGGAAAAAGAGGAGGUACAGGUCGGGAAGCCAGAAGGACAAACACAGAGACAGGAGCAAAGACAAAAAGAGCUCCCCAGCUGAAACUCCCAGAAGGAGCAUACAGCGUCAAGGCAGCUGUUGCAGAAGCCGCAGUGCCUCCAUAAUGUCCAUGCGGAGCACCUCUAAGUCUCCCAGCAGAAUGAACUGCAAACACAAGAAGGAUCGAAAGAAGGUAGCUUCAGUGUCCUCUGGCCCCAACAGUCCUACUGCUUGGCCCGAUGGCGACCACAUUCAGCGCAGUCACAAUGGCAAAGCUGGCAGACGCAACUACACUGAGGGCGAUAAGGUGCAAAAUAAGCUGCGCAUUUUGGCUCCUGGCUCUACUAGUAUCCAGUCCACUUUGCUGAAAGAACAGAAGGUCCACUGCAGGAGUCAAGGCGUGCAGCUGCGUGAGUCGAGCGAUGGCGAGAGUGUGGACGACAAGGCUGCGGCUGUCGGUCACAGGUCAGGGAGAACACAGAACCAGCGAGAUCACAACAGGAACUCCUGCUCUCCUGCUCGCAGCAGUGACUCGGCACACUCCCAGCAUGAUCGCACUCACAGAGGGAGGAGCCGGCAUCAGAAAAAGACAAAAAGUGGCCAUUCCACCAAACUUCACCAGCGUUCCGGUCGAGGUCAGGGAUACCAUCGCAGCCCAUCAACAUCUUCAGGCCGCCACUCGCACACGUCCGACAGAAAGAAGGAGGCAUCACGGAGCAAACAGAAAGCGAGACACCGUAGCAGCUCUUGGAGCAGCGAACGCUCCUGGGACCGUGGCCCCAGCAAGACCAGGGCUCCUAACGCAAGACAGAAUACCUCCAGAGAAAGGGACAGCCAGAACCGCUGUGACAGCGACACUGACAGCCGGGCCCGACGCCGCUCUCGGAGUUACUCGCCCAUUCGCAAACGGAGGAGAGAUUCCCCCAGUUUCAUGGAGGCUCGCAGGAUUACCAGUGCCCGGAAACGUCCAAUCCCGUACUACCGGCCCAGUCCUUCAUCGUCCAGCUCCGACAGCAGUCCCUCGCGCUGCAGUCGCAGUCGGAGUCAUAGUUACAGCAGCUACAGUCGCAGCCGGAGCCCCAGCAGGAGCAGGAGUCCAAGUGGAAGCUGGAGUCGCAGCAGGAGUCGCUCUCACAGUUACUCCAGCCACAGCAGUUCUGACAGCCCCGGCUUCUAAGGGGAAAGCCAAAAUGAAACAAAGGAGACUGCCAUCGGGUUUGUUAUCUAUUCCUUUACAUGGUCCAAACCCCAACCACCACUGCAGUCUGUAUAUAUGUUUUGAUAAAAAUCUGAAAUUGCUACUUACUGUACAUACAGUAAGAAUACUGUACAUACAAGACCAACAUUUUUUUUUUAAUUUGGCAAAUGGGUAUCUUUUAGCUGGAAAUCAAACACAAGACUUUUAACGCGCUCUUAGACAUGGCUAUUUAAAAGAAAAAUGUUGAUUACACUAGGCCAGGAAUGUCUAAACUGCAUGACGACAGUUAUUAAAAUGAAAGGAUAGGGGGAACUUUAGUGCAUUUUGUACAUAAUGGGCCUAAUCUUCUAAAGGUUUGCUUGUAUUAAAAGUAGGGUUGUGCAUCUCUUUGUGAUGGACGAUUCGUUACACAUCUAGAUACAUAUGGAUUAUGAUAUGAUAAAAAAACGCUAAAUUCUAAAAACAGAACGAUUUGAUAAGAUUUUAUAUAGUGUACAAACGAUUUGAUAAGAUGCAAUACAGUGUACGUGACAUCAUCUCAUUUGCAUAAUGUAUGGCAAUGGACGCUGUCAAAGUGAGUUUAAAAAAAAUUAUAAUUAUGAUUAAAACUGCAGAUUACCUUUUUUCUUUUGAUUCUUAGUUGUAUUUUUUAAUCAAUUUUGUUCUGAAUCGAUAAAUGUUAGAGUAUCAAAUUCGAUUUAAAAAAUGGAGGGUUGUGAUAUUCACUAACAAACCAUAUCUAAUGACUAGCUCAUUAACAUGAACGAUGCAAUUGGGACGUUGCAGUGAUUUUAUAUUAUCUUGACAUGACAUUAAAGAAAUAUUUAUAUCUCGCUCUUUAAACCAAGGUGGAAACAGUGGCAACUUUGCACAUGCGCAUUUUAUUUGCAGUCUGGAGGCAUGUGGAUCUCCUCUCUGCACUGACAUGAUUAGCUCGUUAGCAAGAUGUUCGACUUUUGUCACAGAGAGACACACACGCACAUAGACAAUUCCGAGAUAAGUGACUAAGGCUGUGUACAGUAGGCAAAUCAAAUUAGGUGAUUUCUUUAAGUGUGACAAUAAAGAAACAUUUACAUUUAAAAUUCCACUCAAAACUUUCGGCUAGGAACUCAGAAAUUCCGACUUCCCAUUACAAAUGGAACGCACCAUAAAUGUCCAGAGGACAAAUGUUUUGCGCAUGCGCGAAACGCUGCAAUCCCCUGCCUGUGAGGUUCUCCACUCUGCUCGCAGCACCCGCCACUGCUCGUUGAUGACGCUUUUACCUCACUCUCCAAGACUCAAAAAAAGUCUCCAAGACACAAAAAAGUCUUCAAUAACACCGGAAGAAGCAGCUAGAUUUGUCGCUAGUAGCUGUUAAUCAAAAAAAGUAACCAAGAGGAUUGGAAAGUCACCAGAUUUAGCGACAAAGUCGCCGAGUUGGCAAUACUGUGCCCUGAGAACAACACCGUAGCAACAAGUUCUGGGCGCCCAUAAAAAAAGUUCUUCCUGAAGAACCCCCUGGCUUAGGAAGGAGGAUAUGGCCUAACAUUUAUACUCUAAACAAUAUUUUAUUGGGUAUAUAGAAAAUAAUAAUACCAUUAGAAAACGGGUCACAAAGGCUCCUAAUUUGGCUGCUGACAUCCAUCCAUCCAUUCAUUUUCUACCGCUUAUUCCCUUCAGGGGGGUGCUGGAGCCUAUCUCAGCUACAAUCGGGCGGAAGGCGGGGUACACCCUGGACAAGUCGCCACCUCAUCGCAGGGCCAACACAGAUAGACAGACAACAUUCACACUCACAUUCACACACUAGGGCCAAAUUAGUGUUGCCAAUCAACAUAUGAAGUAAUAUAUUAUCAUUUCUUGUAUUUAAAAAAAUUAAAAAUGCUACUUGUUAAUUUACUGUUAAUAGCUACUUAUCGUCAGUUGAAACAUAGUUGUAUCUACACUUCUUUCAGGAUGUAAUACACUUUUUCUUCAGGUUUUUCCCGAUACUUUAUAUUAAUUUGACACUACAAAUUUGGUUAUGGUUCCAACAGGACAGUAUUGGUCACACCAAUACUGAUACUUUACAUUUUCAAGAUCACUAAAUAAUACAAUUUCUGAUCACAAUUAUAAUCAGACAAAAACACAAGAUCGAGGUGUAAUUAUUUCUUACUGUUGGCUCUGAUUUAAAUCAUUUGAUUUUUGCCCUUAAAGUUCUACUGUGUCCAGGGACUUAUUUACUGAGUUUAUAAACAAAAAAUAUGCAGAUUUUGGGAUAUCGAUAUUGAUCUUACACUGUAGUAUUGACCAUAUGCUACUUGGUAUCGUUACUAUCAAUGUGUCGAUCUGCCCAACGCUGUGAGCUCCAUUUUAGCUGUUAGUACGGCUUAUUGUAUCUUCCUACGACGUGUAGUGAACAUGUUUACCAGUUCUCGUCUUUCAGUAAUACUUGCAACAAACUUAUCCUUUUUGCUGCCAUGGAGGCGAGGAUUGCUGACUUAGAAGCAGCUUUCCACUGGGACGGACGUUAGCUGCUAGCUUGCUAGCAAAGGCGCAUCAGUGGACAGCUCUGCUGCUAAUUACAUCUAUUCUCGUCUUCAGUAAGGUAAGCUAACAGAGCAUGCACAUAAAUCAUUUUGCGGACAUUCCUGGCUCUCGUAUUGUUUAAAAGACAAACAGUCAGCCGAUCGCUAGUCUGGUGCGACACCAGGUCAAUGUUUCUACACUCGAUUAACCUAAAAAUAUAUAUUUUUUAAAAAGUACUGUUUUUUACCGUUUGAAGUGGCUUCUGUCAGCCAAAUCGCUCACUUGUCAAACCGGAUAUCUGGUCACAUCGGUUUAUCUCUCACAACCCUACUUAAAACACAAGCAAACUUAUAACACACAAAGCUGAUCUACUAAAGUCGAGCACAGAGGGUUUUGUCUCUUAAGUGAGCAGCAUAAGGAGCGCAAUCCAUUUUGCUUGUUUGUCUUUAUGAAUAUGCAGAAUAUACAGUAUGCAGCAACAAUACUGAGAGGAGUAGAUGCAAAUAUGACUAUUUAGCUCACGCAGUGUGAACUGUCUAGACUGAUUAGUGUUCUGUCGGAAUUAUAUUGCGGCUUUAUUUGGUACGUAUGAAAUCUGUCUGCAAACUGUCACAGUUACACACAAGAGUCUCUCUUGUCUGUAGAUGAGGAUUCUAUAUUGCAAAAAAGGGGUUACAGAUUAUAGAUGCUACUUGUUCAACAACAUCACACACAGGUUGUAGAGCAUGAUAACAUGAAUGUGGAGGGAAAUGAGUGUUUCCAUGGUCACACAAUGCACAAAAAACCACCUCUACACCACUUUUGCACUUGUUAUCAAUUUUACACGCAGUCUAGUAGUUCACACACAACACAUCCACUAAUAAUACGGAAAAUGAUAUACUGUAGUUUGCACUAAACAACACCUGGUAUACGGAUCUUAGUAGAUCAGGCCCUAAGAUGCUAUCACAAUCCAUUGUAGGCCAAAAAAAUUACCUGACAAAUAAAAUCAGUGUAAUAUUUGAUAUUGUAUCUCAUUAAUAAAUAUGUAUUUGUAUUUUUAGAACAGGCCGUGGGCCAAUGAAAAACGAGCUACUUGUUGAAAAUGUCUGAAUUUCCGGUAGGCAUACCAGAAAAACGAUUAACAUGAUGCACUCAAAGCAUGCAGUUAAGUUUGUGUGGUUCCCCCCAGUGUGCUCUUUAUAUCUUAUUUCAAAUAUUUUCAUAUCCUCCGUCUUUGUCUUGAGAACAGACAAACAGUAAUAAAUUCAUAGGAAUAAGCUUUAAUGCGAACAAACGUAUUUUUAUAUUAACGCAAGGUGGACAAAAUAAAAUGUUGACACGUUAAAAGACAGCUGCUACUCCUUAUACUUAUAAUAGUAUAUAAUUAUAAUGUAAUUCGACAGAACACCAGCCCACGGUUGAGCUUUGCAAAAUUCAGUUCAGUUUCAGUUUAUUUCGAACAUGCAUACAAUACAAUGUAAUGCAUCACAUGUUUCCAGUUGUUUCAAUACAGCAAGUCCGAAAAGGAGGGUGAAAAUUAUUGUCUCUAAAUUAUACUUUCAGAUUCAGAUUGUUUUUUUUGAACAAAUAUACAGUUUAUACUUUGUAAUUAUUUAUUAUUUAUUUAUUUAUGUAUUUAUUUAUUAUUUUCCGAGACAUUUUUCCCAUUCAAAUAGUGUUCUUAGACUGUUGACUCUUCCAGCUAAAAGAUACUGUUUAACACAUCAAAAACUUAUUUGAAAAAAACAGUUUGGCCCCAGUAUGAUUUGAUAAUUACUUGUGCAAAAUAUUUAAGGGAAUAAGUCAGCACCAACAUUGAUUUGAUCUUCCAUAAAUUAACCAAAAACUACAUCAAGAGCAAAUAACAUGUUGAAUAUAUACAGUACAUGUGUACGUAUGUACAUUAGCAGCAGGUGCUGAGAAAAAGAUGCUUUUUCCCACACUUCCUGAAAGCAUCGAGGUGAAUCACUUUUUAUUUGAUUGUGUGAAUGCUCCAAAGCAUUCAGACAUAUGCUUUUCUACACCAAAAUUCAUCUAUUUAUUAUUAUUAUUUUGGCGCACUCUACCUUCCACAUUUCUCAUCCGAUUCAUACCGUUGCAGCUUCAAACUAUUCAGCCUAUUCAGGAAUCGAAGGCUUUCCAUCGACAAUUCCAAAAAUUCCUAGACUUCCCAGAAUUUCCGGUUUUCCGGGACAUUUUCCCCAUUCAAAAUUAAUUGACCAUUUUAUAAACUUCCACCAUUCCCACAUUUUUCAAUCGAUUCAAACCAUUCCACCUUCAACAUAUUCCAUUCAUCCUGGACAUGCAAAGUAUUAUUUUUCCAAGUUCAAAAAAAUUGCAGGAACUCCCGGUUUUCCAAACCCUAUUUUCAUCCUUUUUUCUGUCAACUACUCCUUCCACAUUUUUCAACCCACUUCAAUCGUUCCACCAUCAAUACAUUCCUCUUAAUCAGGAAAAAAAAGUAGUUUUUGAAGAGGAAAGAUUCCCGGUUUUCCUGAAAUUCCAGGGAUUUUGUAAUACCAUUUCUCAGAUAAAAAUGUUACUACUUCAACUUUUCUCGACCUAAACCAACCAACCAUUCAGAACAUUUGAAUUUUUUCCAGUUUUCAAAAAAAUUCCCGCUUUUCCCAAAUUCCCAAAUUUUCAUAAAAUUCCCAUUUAAAUGAAUUCAAAGUUCCACAACUCCCACAUUUUUCAUCAAAUUCAAACCAUUCCAACUUCAAAAUAUUCAGCCUGUUCGGGAACUGUGUGCUCUCCUUCAACAAUUCUACAACAAAUCCUUGGUUUCCAAGAAUUCCCAGUUUAGGGGCAUUUUCCCCAUUCAAAAUGAAUUGUCCAUUUUUCAAACUUCCACAAUUUCCACAUUUUUCAACUGGUUCAAACCAUUCAGCACAUUUAACUCGUCCUAUACAUUGUUAACGUUUCCAGGAAUCUCCAUUUUUUUUCUAACCUGAUUUCCAAACUUUUUUCGUUCGACGACUCCUUUCACAUUUUUAAACCCAUUUCAUCCGUUCCACUGUCAAAACAUUCAUCUUACUCAGGACAAACAAUACAAGUUGGUUUAGGAAUUAGAUUAAUCCCCAGUUUUCCCGAAAUUCCAGGAAUUAUGUAGUACCAUUUCUCAAUUUAAAAACUUUUAUUACUUAUCGGUCAAUUACUCUUUCUUGACCAAUUCUAACAAUUCCAACACCAACACAUUCAGCUCAUUCAGGACAUUCAUGCUAUAAUCAUUUUCAAAAUAAUUCCCACUUUUCCUGAAAUCCCCAAAUUUCCAGGAAGUUCCCGCUGAAAUGAAUGGGACAUUUUUCCAACUUCAACAAUUCCAACAUUUUUCAACCUAUUUCAACCAUUCCAACAUUAACACUUUCCACUCAUCAUGGACAUUCAAACUAACACUUUCCCAAGUUCCAAACCAAAUUCCAGUUUUCCUGGAAAUUCUAAAAUUCCUAGAAUUCUGUAACACUAUUAUUCAAUUAUAAAUUGUCACUAUAAAUACAUUUCUUAACCAAUUUAGCUCAUUUAGGAAAUUCAUGCUAUUUAUCGCCUUCAAGAAAUUCCCAAAUUACCAGGAAAUUCCCACUGAAAUGAACAGGACAUUUUUCCAAGUUCCACAAUUGCCACAUUUCUCAACCAAUUCAAUUGGUUCUUACACCAACAUGUUCAGCUCAUGAAUUGUAUUACAUUAAAUUUUUAAAGUACCAAUGAUUGUCACACACACACUAGAUGUGGUGAAAUUUGUCCUCUGCAUUUGACCCAUCCCCUUGGCGCCAUCUUGGAAGUAUGCUAAUGUUCCCCUGUCAGUAUGCUAAUGUUAGCUUGCUAAUGUUUUAUGGUAGCAUUUGAUCUAAUUUCUUAAGUUUUAACAUAAUAGUCAUGUAUUCCGUUAAUUGGCGCCAUCUUAAAAGUAGCUAGCCUUUCACUUGUUAGUGUGCUCAUAUUAUACACGCUAACAUUUUAUGCUAGCAUUUUAGCAUUUUUUUAUGUUUUUAAACCUAAAAAUAAUGGAUUUUGUUACUUGGUGCCAUCUUGGAAGUAUGUUAGCUCUUUCCCUGUUAUCAUGCCAAUGUUUACAUGCUAACAAUUUAUGCUAGCAUUUGCUCUCAUGGAUUUUGUUACUUGGCGCCAUCUUAAACGUAUAAUAAAUAGCCUUUCACCUGUUAGCAUGCUAAUUUUAGCAUGUUAAUAUUAGUAUGCUAACAUUUUAUGCUAACAUUUUAGCUAAUGUUGUACUUUUUAACCUAAUAAGCAUGUAUUUCAUCACUUGCCUUCAUCUUAAAAGUAACCUGUUAGCAUAUUAAUGUUAGCAAACUAAGAUUUUUUUCUAGCAUUUUAGCCAAUAUUGUACAUUGUAAACCUAAUAAUCAUGGAUUUUGUCACUUGGCUCUAUGUUACAAGUAUGCUAGCUGUUCCCCUGUUGGCAUGCUGAGUUUGUAUGCCUGCAUUUUAGCUAAUGUGAUACAUUUAGAGCUAAAAUGUAUAGAUUAUGUUACUUUGCAACCUUUUGAAGUAUGCAAAUUUAGCAUUUCAAAAUUCAUACUACAUUUCAGUACAGUUUCUGCUCUUCACCUCCCAAACUAUUGUAUCCUUUAAUCUAUUUAAAUCUACUAGUAUUUCACUUUAGCGUCAGCUCUUCAAGAUUCAAACCAUUUCAACCUUUAAACAAUUUCAAAAUUCAAACCCUUUCUGCAUUCAUCCUACAUUCCGUUACCAAUUUAGCGUCUGCUCUUUAACUUUCAAACCAUUUCAACAUUCAAACUACUCUUACAUUCAUUUUAUAUUUCAUCAGCAUUUCAGUUCAACUUCAGCAUUGGAGCAUUCACACGCAAUUCCUUAAGGAAUUGCCUCAUCUAGUUUAAUUGUGUAGGUGUGACAGUCUAGAUGGCUGUGUAAACUAUGCACUGCAUCUAUUCCAUUGAGUUUCAUUGCAUGAGACAUCAAACAGUGUCACUUUUCACACUUGUCAUGUUUGCUAUGGGUCAAGCCAACUCCAGUGCACUUCAUCAGAACCCUGGAGUGUAACAAACAAGUUCUCUGCAAGUGAAGUCUGGUGCGGUUCAGUUCACUUGCAUUUUAUUGCAAACACUACAUGGACCAAAGAUUAUUGUUUAAAAAAAAAAGCAUGCAGAAAGGACAAAUAUGUCCAGUAAGAGAAAGCAUUAGAAGCAUCUCUGUAUUUUAGAAGCAUUUUGUGAAAUCUAAAAUGGUUAAUAUGGCAGACUAUAUCAAUAACCUACCUAUUUAACCCAGAAUAUUGGCAUAUUACGUUAUUAAAGCUGCCCGAUCAAGUCCCUACUUUAUGCAUAAUGUUAUCUACGGUGCUGCUUUUGGUCCUAUAUACUGAAAUCUUUGUUGAAGAGUACCAAACCACAAUUGUGAAAUCAGCCUCAUAGGAUGUGCUCGCCACUUUACUAAUAUGGUAUGCCAGCCACCCACAUACGUACACAGGUAGAUUAGACAUGGAUUAAUACAACUAUUCCCCAUUGAAGUAUAGUGAUUCUGCUGAUUAUUCUUUUUGACUGAUAUAGAAUGAUUACGUGCGUGCGUGCAUGAGUGUGUGACAGAUGAUGGGGCGGCUUUGGCACUAUUCAGGAAAACUUGCAAAAUACUCCAUGCACAUGUUUUUUUUAUGUGAAUGUACUGUAUUAUUUAUUGAUAUAUUUAUUUAUUUAUUGGUCUAUUUAUUAUCAAGUAUUUAUUGAAUCUUGCUUUGAGAUUGCUGCAGAAGUCUUUCCACGUUGAUGUGUACCGUAUGUGUCCAUGAUGUUUUCAUUUUGAUCGGUGAACAUGGUGGUUUGAUUCCAGCUUCCGCCAUCCUCGUCACUGCUGUUGUGUCAUUGGGCAAGACACUUCACCCACCUGGCUCCCAGUGCCACCCACACCACUUUAAAUGUAGCUUAAAAAAGGUAGAUAAUGGGUUUCACAAUAUAAAAAGCGCUUUGAGUCUUGAGAGAAAAAGCGCUAUAUAAAUAUGAUUCACUUCACGCUUGUAUUUUUAAGAUGAUUAUGGGCCCAACCCCUGACUGUUUAUUUGUUUUGGUAUGUCAAUGGUUCAAUCCAAGAUGUUGUUACUUUCAGAGGAACAGAGAUAAGUAAACUUGUUUCCAAGGACACCAUUUGAUGGUACAUGGACAAAUGUAUUGGGACAAAACUCUUGCUUCAAAUCAAGGUCCAUAAAUACAUGCCAAGUUUGGGAGAACCUAUUUAAACGGGACCAAAUGUGAUCUGUAACCUCAGGAUUAAUUGGAAAAUUACACAGACUUAAUGGUGACCCAAUACUUUUGUCUAUAAAGUAGUGAUGCUCUAAAAGUUUGUACACUGAAAAGUUUUGUCCGAAAAUGGCCCAAAACUGCCUUUUCGACUUUUGGCCGAAAGACUUAUCAGCGAAACAGCACUACCGAACCAGGAUGUUGUAAUGACCUCAGCAAGAAGCACGCGAUUGUCUGGAGUGGAGGCAACAUGUCUGACAUGUGGACAUACAUCAAUAUAUCUGAAAGGGUUAGGUCUGGGUUAUUUCAAGAUCGCUUAUUCCCUUAUUUUGCUGUCAAUCAAAAUAUGUAUAUAUAUGUAUAUAUUUUUUUUUUGUGUGUUUUUUUUCAAACCCAGUUUUCCAACCAGUUGAUUCAUUUACAAUAUAGCACUGCCCCUUUGGUCCAUUGUGUCUUUUGCAGUGUACACGUUCAAAUUACUGACAAUAAACUGAAAAAAAUGGGCAAAAUAACUUCAGUUUCCCUUUUUGUAAAAAAAAAGUAUAGAACAGUCAAAAAUAAGAAACUA